CCGUUGUUGUUUUUUCUAAAUAAUGAAAUUCAACAUGGCGGCCACUGGAGUGCUACCGUUCGUUCGCGGUGUUGAUUUUACUCGCAAUGACUUCCAGGAUGACAAGUUUCCAGUAGAGAUUGCUGAUAUGUCAGGAUUAAGAUGGCUGAGACUUAAUAAAACAAAUUUGGAUAAAAUGCCUGAGGAAAUUUACAAACUGAAAAAACUGGAACAUUUUUCGUGUAUUAAAAACAGCAUAAAAGAUCUGGGAGAUGAAAUGGCAAAAUUGAGUGCUUUACGGACAAUAAAUUGUCGACACAAUCAAAUUACAGAUAAAGGCAUACCUGGUAAAAUAUUUGAUCUGGAAGAUCUGCAAGUUGUGGAUUUGAGUCACAAUAAGUUAGAAGAUGUUCCACCACUUUUAGAAAAUGCCAAGAAUUGCAUUGUGUUGAAUUUGGCUCACAAUAAUAUUUCUAUGAUACCUAAUCAGCUGUUUAUCAACCUCACUGAUUUAAUAUUUGUGGAUCUCAGUGAUAAUGAUCUAGAAACACUUCCACCUCAGAUGAGAAGACUUACAAACUUACAGACAUUAAUACUGAACAAUAAUCCACUGAUACAUGCACAGCUAAGACAGCUUCCAGCUUUGACAUCAUUAGAAACACUGCAGAUGAGAAAUACACAGAGAACACUGAACAACUUUCCAUUAGGUGUAGACACACUAACUAACUUACAAGAUAUAGAUUUGUCUGGCAAUGAUCUGCCAAGAGUACCAGAGACUUUGUACAAACUGUCUCCAUUGAAACGACUUAAUCUGUCCAACAAUCAGAUCACAGAACUCUCUCUUGUUAUAGAUACUUGGGUGAAUUUAGAAACACUGAAUUUAUCAAGAAAUAAAUUGACAGCAUUACCAUCUUCUUUACAUAAACUAGUAGCAUUAAAGAAGUUGUAUAUAAACAGUAACCAGUUAGAUUUUGAGGGUAUUCCUGCUAAUAUUGGUAAACUACACAAUCUAGAGGUGUUUAGUGCUGCUAAUAAUAACCUUGAGAUGAUCCCUGAGGGUUUGUGCAGGUGUGGAAAAUUGAAAAGAUUAUUAUUGAAUGGUAAUCGCUUGGUGACACUGCCAGAUAUUUUGCAUUUAUUACCAGAAUUAGAAACCUUAGAUGUUCGAGAAAAUCAAGGAUUAGUAAUGCCACCCAAGCCAGCUGAUAUGAAGAAAGGAAAUGAAUACUACAAUAUUGACUUCUCUUUGAAUACACAACUUAGAUUAGCAGGUGCCCCUGCCCCACCAACAGCAGACCAGUCUCCACCACAAAAAGGAGAUGCAGUCGCAAGAAAAUUGAGACUUAGAAAGAGGAGAGAUGGAGAGAAAGAAAGUGAAAAAGUGUUAAAGGGUAUGAGAGAUGUAGCCAAGGAUAAGGCAGAGGGGAGUAUAGAUUUAGAAGAUGACAAUCCACUCAGGCCAAAGAAAUGGAAUGAGAAUUUAGAGAGACCACAUUUAGAUUACAGUGAGAUAUAUGAUGAAGAUGUGGGUCAAAUACCAGGAAUUCAGUGUUGGGAGAUAGAAAACUUUCUACCUAACCCAGUAGAAGAAGCAUUGAUUGGAAAGUUUUAUGAGAGAGAUUGUUAUAUUGUAUUGAAAACAUUUAUAAAUGAAUCUAAUGGUCUGGAUUGGCAGAUUUGGUAUUGGAUAGGCAAAACAACAACGCUUGAUAAGAAAGCUUGUUCAGCCAUACAUGCUGUAAACCUCCGUAAUUUACUGGGAGCAGAAUGUAGGACAAUUAGAGAAGAAAUGGAGGAUGAAUCUGAAGAAUUUAUGGACUUGUUUGAGAAUGGUGUGCAUUACAUAGAAGGUGGUAGGACUACCAGUGGUUUCUUUAGUGUAGAUUCUGUUGAAUAUGAAACUAAACUCUACAGAGCUUCAGGGGCACAUGCUAUACACAUGGAAAGGGUUGAUGUCAGUGUCAGGUCAUUAGACAGAAGAUUUGUGUAUUUGUUAGACAAUGGCAAUGAUAUAUUUGUAUGGGUAGGCAAGCUGGCACGAGGUACAAUUAGGACAAAAUCAAGAUUGGUGGCAGAAAAGAUCAACAAAAAUGAAAGGAAAAACAAGGCAGAAAUACAUAUGGAGUCCCAAGCAAGAGAAGAGGCAGCAUUUUGGAAAGCUUUAGGAGCACAGGCAGAUGGAUUUAUUGGGGAAAUUGUGCCAGAUGAUUUUGAGCCAGCAGAACCCAGGUUAUACAAAGUAGGAUUAGGAAUGGGAUACUUAGAAUUACCACAAGUUGAGAUUCCAAAAGGAAGGCUAGUUCAGAAAUUACUGGACACUAAAAAUGUGUAUAUACUGGAUUGUAAAUCUGAUCUCUUUGUAUGGAUAGGAAAGAAGUCAACAAGACUAAUCAGAGCUGCAGCCUUAAAACUGUCAUAUGAAAUAAACUCCAUGAUAGAUAGACCAGAUUAUUGUACAGUGACCAGAUGUUUACAGGGGACAGAAUCUCAGAUAUUUAAAACAAAAUUCUUUGGUUGGGAUGAUGUAUUACCUGUAGAUUUUACAAGAACUGCUGAGUCUAUUACCAGGAGAGGAGCUGAUCUGAAGGUGAUUAUGGAACGAGACAAGAUGAAGACUGAUCUGUCAGCAUUAUUUAUGCCCAGACAACCUCCAAUGCCUAUGGAGGAAGCAGAACAGAUGAUGCAGGAUUGGAAUGAAGAUUUAGAUGGAAUGGAAGCCUUUGUAUUAGAAGGGAAGAAAUUUGUCAGAUUACCUGAUGAAGAAUUGGGUAUUUUCCACACAGAAGAUUGUUAUGUGUUUCUAUGUAGAUACUGGUUACCUGUUGAGUAUGAUGAUGAUGAUGAAGAAGAUGAAAAUGAAGAGCCACCAGAAGAAGAUUUUAAAUGUGUGGUCUAUUUCUGGCAAGGAAGAGAUGCAUCAAACAUGGGAUGGCUUACUUUCACUUUCAGUUUACAAAAGAAGUUUGAGGGUUUAUUUGGUGACAAGUUAGAAGUUGUGAGGACACACCAACAACAAGAAAACUUAAAAUUCUUAUCCCAUUUCAAGAGGAUGUUUGUAAUAAGAUGGGGAAAGAGGAAGUUGCCAACACAAGAAGCUCCUAAACCAAAUGUAGAAUUGUUCUAUUUAAGAGCUAAUGGUAGUCCCAUUGCUACAAGAUGUAUACAGGUAAAACCAGAUGCAUCACAGCUGAAUUCUUGCUUUUGUUUUAUACUGAUGGUGCCAUUUGACAGUGAAGAUUUGAAGGGUGUUGUAUAUGUGUGGAUAGGUGGUAAGGCAGAACAUGAAGAAGCAACUCUAGCAGAAAAGAUAGCUUAUAUGAUGUAUGCUGAUAAUUACACUGUGCAGAUGAUAAAUGAAGGAGAAGAACCAGAAAACUUUUUCUGGGUAGGAAUAGGUGGCAAAAAACCAUAUGAACAUGAUAAUUCAUUUAUGAACUGUGCCAGAUUGUUCAGAUGUUCAAAUGAGAAAGGAUAUUUUACAGUCUCAGAAAAAUGUGCAGACUUUUGUCAGGAUGAUUUAGCAGAUGAUGACGGUAUGAUAUUAGAUAAUGGUGAACAAGUUUUCCUGUGGGUUGGUAAAAAGACUAGUGAUGUAGAAAUCAAAUUAACAUUUAAAAGUGCACAGGUUUAUAUUCAGCAUCUAAGGAACAAACAACCAGACAAGCCAAGGAAGCUACUACUUGCCAUGAAGUACAAAGAACAUAAGAAGUUUACUAAGUGUUUCCAUGGGUGGGGACUUUACAAGGAGCCAAUAGAAUAAACAUAAGCUUAUGUGAUAUCUUUAUAACUGUCUUCCAUGAUAAUAAUUUAUUAGAUUGCUGUCCCAAGUAUGCUUGUUUAUGAUAACUUAAGAUUAUUUUAUGAUAACUUGCAGCUGUGUUUUCUAACUUGAGGCUUGUUUAUGAUAACUUGAUAUGGCUUGAUCCAAUUCUUUUAAUAGUUUUGAUAUGUUGUUUCUCAUGACAAAACAGAGGUCACAACAGAUUUUAGUGAUUUACAUUUUAGUUGUUCAUGAGUUAUUUCUCUUGAUUAUUUUUUAACAAUGGCACUUAUAAAUGUUUUUGGUGUAACAAUUUUUAUAGUUUCAGUAAACACUAAUUAUACUUUAUUUGACCAUUCAUUCCACAUUUGUAUUUGUAACUUCUCCUGAAUUGCUUUACAGAAUUUUUGAAUACCUUCACAGACAUCUAACAAGCAUGCUCCUAUUUAACUGUUUCAUGAAUUGAUUUUGGGGUUAUCAUUUUGCAUGACAUGGACUGCAAUAUUUUAAAACUACACUUAUUUUUGUCCUGUCCUGCUAAUCUCUUGAUCAGAAUUUAUUGAAAUUUUCUCAGAAUCUUCAUCAGAUAAUGUCAAGAAGAGUCUCCUAUUUCAUUUAUUUUCUUUUUCACUUUUUGGGUUUCCCUAGACAUUUCAUGGAUUUUUCAAUGGGUACUCAUUUUUGUAUCAGCAACUCUUAAACCCCAAUUUUUUGAAAUUUUUUCAGAAUUUUAAUUGUAUUGUGCCAUUGCAUAAUUGGUUUCGUCAUCUGAAUUAUAAUGUGAUUUCCCGUAACAAAUCAUAAACUUUGCCUUUUACCUAUUUUUGGAAAUAUGAUUUUGUGAGUGUUGCUCACAGUACCUCUUAGUAGUUUUGAAAAGACUGCCUAAACCACAGACCAAUGUUUAUUUUUAAAUGUUAGAACUAGUCUUUAAUGCUGUUUAAAAAAAUGAAAAUACAAUACAUUGUAACUAAAUAAUGACCAAUUGCUAAGAAAUGUGUUCAAGUCAAGAUUUAUUCUUACAAAAGUGUCAAAGGAGCUGGUUAUUAAUGGAAUGAAUAAAAAUUAACAUUGUGUGAAUGGUGCUUUAAAGCUGAAGUAUAAAUAUUGCUUUAUAAAUCUUCUAUUUCCAAAUUUGAAUAUGUUUUCAAAUUAUAGGAUAUGUUUAAAGACAAUUUAUAAUAUUUCUUAAAUAGAUGUAGUAAUGAAUUUCAUAGAGUACAAUGUACUUUCUAAGCAAAUAAGAAUUAAAGUUCAUGUACUUAUAGUCUUUGAUUUAGGCAUUUACAGCUUAGUCUUUAAUACUUUUCUUGAUAUGACAUAAGUGGCAUUACAAUUCUUUGUAAAAUAAGCAUUUUGUUUGGUAUCAAAUUUCAUCAUUGAAAAUACCCACAAAGGCUAUGACAAGUAAAAUAAAGCAGUAAUAAACUGUGCUGUAGAUUUUCGAAAUGAGAAAAAUCUAAAUUUGCACUUGCAUACAGAUACUUAGUUUCAUAUGUGAAACAUGAUUAUCAAUAUUUCUCAUAUCUGAAAACUUAUAUAAAUGAAAUAAAAAAAUCUUGAGAGUCAAAUUAUGCCUCAGAACUAUAGUUUCCUGCUUCCUGACCUACCCUAAUACACUUUAUUGACAUAUAUUGCAACAUCUUUAUUAUUAUGUCCAAAACAUCUCCAACAAAUUUAAACCUUCUCUCCUUUUUUCGGCAAGGAAGCAGGAAACAGCUAUAUAGUUUGGUGCAUUAAGCUUAUAAUCGAAUACCAUACUUUACAAUAUUUAAUGGUGAAGUGCAAUACAUGUAUGUGUCAGUGUGUGUGUUUGUGUUUGAAGGAUUGUUCAUGUUACCUGUUAUAUUGUGUCAUCCUUCAUAACAUGUAU